AUGAUCGCGCUUAAUCUCAUCACUCUGGUGAUUCUUUUUGAAGUGCUGGUGUGUGACUCAGAGCUGGUCCCACCGGGCUGGAGAGAACCUCUGGACUGUGUGAGAGCAUCCGAAAUGUGCAACCAGAACAGCCAGUGCAGCUCCCGCUACCGGAUCAUGCGCCAAUGCCUAUCUGGAGGGGACAAGGAGCGCAGUGCCAUGCUCGCCUCCAAGGAGUGCCAGGGGGCACUAGAGGUACUGCAGGACUCUACACUGUAUGACUGCCGCUGUAAGAGAGGCAUGAAGAAAGAGCUGCAGUGCCUCCAGAACUACUGGAGCAUCCACAUGGGUCUAACUGAAGGAGAAGAGUUUUAUGAGACGUCUCCCUAUGAGCCCUUCCAUUUCUCAGAGGAAUUCCAGCUCGCCUCCAUCAUCUCAGACUCAUCUUUGCAAAAGGCAAGCCCCUGCUCUGAAGCGGGGAAACCCUGUAACCCCUGUCUGGAUGCUGCUAAAGCCUGCAAUCUCAAUGACACCUGUAAACGACUACGGUCCAGUUACACCACGAUCUGCUCUAAAGCCACACCCCCUCAGCCUUCUCUGGCCAAUCAGGAGCCCUGCAGCCGGAAACGCUGCCAAAAGGCCCUGCGUCAGUUUUUUGAGCGGGUGUCAUGGGAGCUGAGCUAUCCCCUGCUGUUCUGCUCCUGCCGGGACCAGGCCUGUGCUGAGAGGCGCAGACGCACCAUCAUCCCCGACUGCUCGCACCAGGAGAGACACAAGCCCAGCUGUCUGGACCUGCAGCAGCUCUGCCGCUCUGAUGCUCUUUGCAGGUCUCGACUUGCGGACUAUCACACAAACUGCCAGAUGACGCCUCACACUAUCACCAGCUGUCCACAUGACAACUACUAUGGCUGCCUCAUGUCCUAUGUCGGCCUCAUAGGCUCAGAUGUGACGCCUAACUACAGCGACAGCAGUCCCUCCAACAUCACUAUCAGCCUGUGGUGCACCUGCAGGGGCACUGGCAAUCAGGAGCGAGUGUGUGAGGCGUUCCACCAUGACUUCACUCACAACACCUGCCUCAAAAAUGCCAUCCAAGCGUUUGGUUACGGCUCUGAGGGGGCGACACAUCACUCCACCGAACUAUCCUCCACAUUUUUACCCCCUGCCCAGCCGCCAAUCAUCGCUAAGCCCGCCCCCUCUUUCCACGGCAAUGCCAUUAAACCUCUAGACAGCGCGUGUAUGUUCUCCACGUGUGCCAACCUGCAGGAUGGAGGCCAGAAGUGCAUCCCAUCAGAAGAAUUCAAGUGUGAGGAGGCCCUGUUGACCCAUGGGUCGUUAGACUCUCAGGACCCACCUGAAGACCGUAGCAGCGGUCAGAAAUCAGCAUCCCUCCACCACAUGUGCGUAACGAUGUGCGUGUCCAUUCUCACAAUAUUUCUGCUCUCAUAAAGUGAACCUGCGCACCUGCAAAUCAGCAAUCAUACUCUGUCCUUAUUCGUACAUAACAAAUUCUCAUCUCCCUUGUAAAUGGCACGACCCAGAAAGCCAGAGUGAAAUGCCAAGCCAAACAGCCACUAGAGAAAUCGGCGAGGGCCUUUUGAAAUGGGAGACGGUUUUGGAGGAGUUUCAGAUGAUGUGCACAAUGGAAAUGGAGAAAGCGGAAAGACGGCUUCUGUAUGCAGGACAACGAGUGGAAGGCAGUGAAUGAGAGACUCUUGGGAUUUUGGAUCAUGCUGACCUGACUUUGGAGAGUUGGUGCACUCGUACUUGGCCCCCUCUUCAGUUCUGUUUUUGGAUCGCAGACAGACUUGGCGAAAAGCACAGGGACUUUGGCUGGAGCUCAAAGCAGCACUCUUAAACCCAAACAUACACAUUGUCAAAUCAUCAGAGAGAGGCUGCGGCGCUGCACUGGACAAACAGGACUUUGGUCGGCUCCAUUUAUCGCUGUUGAAUCUCUCUAGUGGAAAGAAGUCUACACACAAGACAUACAAACAACAUGGCGGACAAAACAGGGUCCUCACAAGCACUCCAUGCAGUACACCAGUGUGCUUUUGUAGGUCUUUAUCUUGAUUCUGUUGUCUCUAAACUGUAAAAAAAAAUAAUUUAAUGUGAAAUAUAAAAUGACCACCCAAUGGAGUCUCUAUGAAGAGUGUUUAUUUCACUAUAGUGUAAAAUGGUCAGUGUGUGAAUGUUUAUUAUCGGCGUGUCUUCAGACCAGCAUAAUCUCUCACACUUGGUCAAAUCAGCAUUUUCACUUGCACACAAAGCUGUUUAAAAGAAAGUUUAACACACUAUAAUGCUAAGCAAUGAUAACCUGCUCCAAAAUAAAAUCCGAUAUGUACUAAUAUGCAGCAGUGGUGGUAAAAGACUUGAAAAGAGGUUAUGUCCACGCCCGCAAUACUAGUGAAUCAUUUCAAGAGAUAUUUGACCAAAUGUUGAAAUGUUACGCCUUGAAGAUCCCCGUUUGUCGUAUGGAUGCUCUUUGUCUGUGUGAGAGUGAAACGGGUCAUAUGUGGGUCUUUAUGUGUUUCAUAGACACUGCCCUCCAUUACAGAAGUGGGACAGUGGAGCAGUUUGACUCUAAUGUGGCCUUACUUUACAGCAGCAGAGGUACAGAUCAGCAGAGAGGUCCUGAGUGUGUCAGAGCUUCUGUCAUUCACACUACACACAUCACAUCCUGCGGUCUGUUUGCCUUUGAACAAAUCUUUUACGCUCAUAUUUUUAAAUGCAGCUUGAGUGAGACAUUGAUGGCUCAGUGAGGCCAGCUCAAAAUGUUAAUAGCAUGAUUACCCAUGUCCACUAUUGGUCCAAAAUGUCAAAUGGUGUUUGGGAAUAUCCAAAUGUCAAAGUAAAUUGCAAAGAAAUGCACUUCUCUACUACCCUUCCCAGACAUGAAUGAACCUGUUUUUUCAGGGGUUCUAUGGUUUCACCUUAUAAUGCACAGACAGAUAAGUUUUACAUGGAACCAAUCGAAUUCCUGACUACUAUUGAUUUGACUUUUUCAUGAAUGUAACGGAUAUCACCCAGAGUACAUGAAGUUGUAGUAAAAUGUACUAACUCCAGUUCAUGAGCUAAAUUCAUUGUGUUUAACAUUGCUGCACUCAGCCAUUAAUACUCAAAUGUCACUGUUCUCAUUAAUACAACUUAUUGUUAAACACACAUUCCUGCUGGUGUGUCAGUCUGAAUCUAUGUAAUAAACACUUCAAACCUCUAAGUACCGCAUUAAAUAUGCAUUUUAAGUACAGAAGCAUUUGUGCAUAACAAUAUCACUUAGACUAUGCCGUGUCACUCAGGAACCAUUUCACCAAGUUUGCCCCAAGUUUGACCACCACAGCAGGACUGUAGUAGUUACUGAGAUGAGAGCCAAAUAUAUUGAAAGAAAAAAGAUAAUGUUUUACAUUUUCUGGUUUAUUAUUUGUAAAAUCCACAGUGCUGCAGCAGUGUAAAUGAAACUUGUCUGGAGACCAUAAUAAACUGAAAGUUACAUCU